AUGGGUAUCCUGCUCACUGGCAACGUGAUCCUGCGGUUCCUCCAUGAGGAAAAGCAGGCUAACCGCCCGCUCGGUCUGCAUGGCCUCUAUGGUGGAUCGUUCCGCUUCCUGAAGCCGCAUGAGAUGCACCCUCUGAAGGCCAACAUGUUCGCUCCUGGUAACUUUGUUGGUCCCCUGGCUGGUAACUUUGGUGGCCGUUUCCCGAAGCCCCAGCUGCUGCACUACAUGGAUUUGGUCAACCGUGCUGAUGUCAAGGCCUGUCUUCCUUUCAUCGCAACUGUAUGUAUUUGCCUCCCAUUCUUUUUUGGUUCCAAGUUGUUCUCGCGGGGGCUGCCAUUCGAUCUGUGGGCAGACAUGCUCAGUCUCUAG